GCCGCGCGGAGCGGCUGCGGAGGCGGCGGCGGCGGCGGCCGCUGCUGAGGUGCGGGGGAAAGGGAGCGGGAGUGAGAGCGGCACGGCACGGCACGGCACGGCACGAGUUGCGCUUCUGUGGGAAGGAAGAGGCUCCUGACCACUCGCCAGCAUGGUAGUUUUCACAUGCAAUGCGUGUGGAGAAGCCGUGAAGAAAGCACAGGUUGAAAAGCAUGUGAACAUCUGCAGAAACUGUCAGUGCCUGUCUUGCAUGGAUUGUGGCAAGGAUUUCUGGGGUGAUGACUAUAAGGAACACGUCAAGUGUGUAAGUGAAGACCAGAAGUAUGGUGGGAAAGGCUUUGAAGCCAAAGCUAGCAAAGGAGAUGCAAAACAGCAGGAGUGGAUUCAGAAAAUUCAUGAGGUAAUGAAGAAGCCCAACAUAAGCCCCAAAGUGCGGAACAUUCUGGAGCAAAUACGUGCCUUUGAUAACAUUCCAAGAAAAAAAGUAAAGUUUCAGAAUUGGAUCAAGAACAGUUUGAGAAUUAAUGACAGCAAUUUGCAAGAUCAGGUGUGGGGUGUUUUCUCAGAAGCAACCAGAAACACUUCAAAUGAAAAGGAACAAGACAAACUACAACAGAAGGAAGAGCAGCAGCCUGCAGAAACUGGGGAAAAUACAAAGGCAGAAGAAAAUGGAAUUACAGAUGAAAAAACUGAGAGAAAAAAGAAUAAGAGGGAACGAAAAGAAGAGAGACAAAAGAACAAAAAGAAGGAGAAAAAAGAUCUGAAAUUGGAAAACCAGGAAGAAGUAAAAAAGAGUAAAAAGUCCAAAAAAGGAAAAGAGAGUGUGGAGGAUGAAUUUGAAAUAAAUGGAAAUGGCAAUCACAGUGAAACAGAAGAGGAAACAAACGUAAAGAAACGCAAACAUAAACAUGUAGAAGAGGAACCUCAUACCAAAACAAAGAGAAUGAAAACUGAAAGCAUUUCAGAAGACAUGGAAACAGAAAACGUCAAUGACAAUGAAGAAAAUGUAGGAACAGAUAAAGGUAAAUUCAACUGGAAGGGAACCAUCAAAGCAGUUCUGAAACAGGCUCCAGACAAUGAAAUUUCAAUUAAGAAACUAAGAAAAAAGGUGAUAGCUCAAUAUUAUGCAGUAGCUGGUGAACGUCACAAAACAGAAGAGGACAUCCUAGCCAUAUUCAAUAAGAAAGUGAAUAACAAUCCUAAAUUUAGAGUUCUAAAGGACAAAGUGAAACUUGUGAAAUAAACAGUUUGCAUAAUUCUUGUCAAAUAAACUACUUUGCAUAGCUGUUGCAUUUUAAUCUUGCAGAUGGAGUGAUACUCUUCUCUUCUGUCAGCUGUACAGAUAGUAUGCAUUGGUAUCAAUUUAAAUUGUGUAUGUGAAAGCAGAAUUUAACUUUUAAUACUGGAUCCCUCCCCUUUUUCUAGAUUUAUCACAGAACAUUUUCAGAUAUUUUAUUUUUUGAUUUUAUGGAAAAUGUAUAUUUUUUGGUACAAGUUUUAAGAGGCAUUGAAAGUAAUUGCUGGCCUACUGUAUUAAAAUUCUUCCAGUAAUGAAUAUAACUUAUAGGCAUGAAUGUUUUUCAGGACCUGGGUUGUGUGGCUUUUUGCAGGAACUAUUUUCAAAGCAAAUAGGAUUUUCAUAUUCCACUGUGGAAUAAAUGUUUUGUUAUGCUAAGACUCAAAAUGGUAUGGCUGAUACCCACUUUAUGCACUGUGGAUAGUGUAUGCAGCCUUUAAUAAACUGUUGAUUCUGUGUUGUAAAAUGCAUAAAUAAAGUGUCAGAUUUGUGUAUGCAAUAUUGCACAUUCAGUGAAAAUCUAAAGACUGAGUUAUCUAUAUAUGCAUUGCUACUGAAAGUCUUGAUUAGUAAGGCAUCUGAAUUCAGUAGGAGUGGUUACAUGGACUAAAAAUUGACAGAUGAAAUAGAUUGCUUUAAAAUACAAGCUUAAAUAUAAUGAAUCUUGUCACUUUAUAAUUGCAUAAUAAAUCCACAAAUUAUACAU